GUCACUGGUCAACUUCAGCACCACUCAGCAAAAAAAGACCCGGAAAAACAAUACUUCACUCGCUUCAUUGCUCCACAGUCAUUCAUUCUCACUCCCUUUGAGAAUAGUCUUUUCGCGUCCCUACCCUUGUUGUUAAAAGAAACAAUUACGAUGGGUGACAUGAAUCGUGGUUUGAUCUGCAAGAAGACAAAGGAGAAAAUCCCGCUGCAGAGCAUCAAAGUCAACGCGGAAAUUACUGGCUAUACAGCGCAAGUGGCUGCUGUGCUAGGGUACAAGAACGAGGGUAGCAACCCUAUAGAAGCAGUCUACAUUUUCCCCUUGGACGAGCAAGCGGCUGUGUGCGGUUUUCAGGCUACGAUCGACGGUAGAACGAUCGUAGCGGAGAUCAAAGAAAAGGAAGAAGCGAGGGGUGACUACGACGACGCGAUCAGCAGCGGUCACAGCGCUUUUCUCCUAGAGGAAAGCGACGAAAGCUCUGAUAUCUUCCAAAUGAAUGUUGGGAACCUUCCGCCUAAUGAGAGCGCAACGCUGCAGUUGAAAUUUGUUACAGAGUUGGAGGUCGACGAAGAAAAUGGCACAGUGCAAUUUGUACUGCCUACUGUAUUGAAUCCGCGCUAUACCCCUGUUGAUCAACAGCCUAGCAUUAGUACAGAGAUCCCUGCAUCUUCUGUCGCCAAACCCUACUCAUUUGAAUUCCAAAUGAAUGUAAAAUCUGGCUCCGCAAUCACAGAAAUCAGCUCAACCUCUCACAAGCUUUGUUUUCAACCCGACCCCAGUGACAACUGUCACGCUAGCGUGACAUUGGCCGAGUCACACACGUUCAGGCGUGACGUUGAAAUACAGAUUAAGAGUGAAGACCCUUUUGUUGCUCAUGCUUUAGUUGAGGCAGGUCUACCCCGCCCUUCAGACGCACCUGAAGACAAAACCCGUGGCCUAGCCAUUUCAACAGAAUUCUUGCAAAAACCUGUAGCUAUGGUGAAUUUUGUGCCGCAUUCAAAGCUGAUGAUUUGACUUGUGGUGAGUUUAUCUUUGUUGUCGACCGCAGUGGUAGUAUGAGUGGGAGUCGAAUCAAGGAUGCAGCCCGUACCUUGCAGCUCUUCCUUAAAAGCCUCCCUGAUGGCUGCUA